CAAGAACCCAAGCAUUCCCCCCCCUCUGCCUCCUCUUCCUCUCUUCCAAGACUUUCCUCUCUUCUAUCCGUCCAUACCCCCUUCCCUCCUCCAUCUCCAUCCUCUUUCUCCCUUUAUUCCUAUCUUACUUCGUUAAGAACUCUUGUCUACGUGUGCCGUGUGUACACGACUUUACAGCUUCUUUUGCGUUGUCUUUUAGCGGCGAUUCACCGUGUCUUGCCGAUCAUUUUCUGGCUGACGACGUCCGUCGCUCCUCCGAUAAAUUGAUUCUCUGACUCAUUUUAACCCUUCUACCCUUCUCCCUUUCUCUCCUUGUGUUGAGAAACGCGACUCAUCGCAGUUAACUGGCGUUGAUAUCCUCCCUUCAUUCUCCGCUGCUCCCAAGAAAAGGGACAAGAAAUCAGUCUUGGCACAAUGUCUGAACACCAAGAGAACGCAACCAACAACAACACAACUGCUUCGCCUUCGGCAACGGCAGCUCCUAUGCCUGCACCCAUCUCGCAGGAGCAGCCUUCGUCGCAGCCUGCAGCUACAACCCCAGCUCCUGUGUCUACUUCGACCCCUCCAGCUUCUGUGACUGCGACCGCGGCUGCUGCGACCGCGGCUGUUAGUGCUCCCCAAAUGAACGGAACCCCUUCAAGUGAUGAACAACUUUCCUGCUUGUGGCAGGGUUGCUCUGAGAAAUGUCCUUCUGCAGAGACACUUUAUGAUCACAUCUGCGAGCGUCACGUCGGUCGAAAGAGCACAAAUAACCUCAAUCUGACAUGCCAGUGGGGAAGCUGCCGCACCACAACUGUUAAGCGUGACCACAUCACGUCUCACAUCCGUGUCCACGUUCCUCUGAAGCCUCAUAAAUGUGAAUUUUGUGGAAAAGCAUUCAAGCGUCCCCAGGAUCUCAAGAAACACGUGAAGACCCAUGCCGAUGAUUCGGUGCUUGUGCGGUCGCCCGAGCCGGGAGCCAGAAAUCCGGAUAUGAUGUUUCAUGGAGCUGGAAAAGGCUAUGCUGCUGCCGCCCAUUAUUUCGAGCCAUCUCUGAAUGCAGUGCCCAGCCAAGGAUACGCCCACGGUGCUCCGCAAUACUAUUCGUCUCAUCACCCACACCAGCCGUCCAAUCCUUCCUACGGAAACGUAUACUAUGCUCUCAACCACGGUCACGACGGCCAUGCUUCGUAUGAAUCCAAGAAGAGGGGCUACGACGCUCUGAACGAGUUCUUUGGCGAUCUGAAACGCCGUCAAUUCGAUCUUCACUCUUACGCAGCGGUUGGCCAACGCCUCCUUGGUCUUCAGAAUCUGUCUCUCCCUAUCCUGACCGGUGGCCCUGUGCCUGAAUACCAGCCCAUGCCAGCGCCGGUGGCCGUGGGUGGUGGCUACGGCCCUGGUGGACACGGUGCUCCUAACGACCUGAUCAACAUCGAUCAAUUCUUGCAGCAGAUGCAGGAUACCAUCUACGAGAAUGACGAUCAUGUUGCUGCUGCUGGUGUCGCACAGCCUGGAGCCCAUUACCUUCCUCCAAGCCACACUGUGGCCACCACCUCUGCUAGUUCUUCCAUGAGCAACCCUGCCACGCACUCGCCUCCCACUGGCACUCCGGCUUUAACCCCUCCAUCCAGCGCCCAGUCGUACACCUCUGGUCGUUCUCCAAUCUCCAUUUCCUCCGCUCAUCGCGUUUCGCCGCCUCACCAUGAUGGUGGCUCGAGCAUGUACCCCAGACUUCCAUCAGCCACGAUGGCCGACCAUCUGGCGGGUGGCUACCCCACUGCGUCGAGUGCUGCUCCUCCUUCUACCCUCAGCGGCAUCUUUGAUGAUGAUCGUCGCCGGUACACUGGAGGCACUUUGCAGCGUGCUCGUCCCGAAGAGCGUCGCCUGUCCAUCCAGAUGGACACCUCUCACGACGGCAAGGAGGACGGCGAACGCACGCCUACCGGCAAAGCCCGUUCGUCGGAUUCCAAUUCCCCAGUGCGCAUUUCGGCUAACCUCAUUGAUCCUGCACUGCACUCGAGCAGCCCGUCUGAGGCCGAGGCCGCUCUGCGCACCGCUCAGGCAGCUACGGAGGUGGCCGAGCGUGCCGACUCGCAGUGGGUGGAGAAGGUUCGCCUCCUGGAGUAUCUGCGUAGCUACAUUGCAUCCCGUCUGGAAAGGGGCGAGUAUGACUCCGACUCCGAUGGCCAUACUUCGGUCGCCGCUUCUCCGGAUACCAAGCACGAUGGACACAUGGACGGUGUGGAAACGAGUCAUACACCCAUCACUACCGAAAAGCCUUCUGCGCCUCCCGCAGCCAAGGCUGAGUCUAACCACGGUGUGAUGUAUCCCACCCUUCAUGGAUUGGAUGGCGAUGAAGAUACCAAGAUGCACCAUUAA